AUGGAGUUUGUGUCUGUAACCAAGGUUUCUUUGGGCCAGACUGCAGUUCAAGAGGUUGCCCCAAUAAUUGCCAAAGCCGUGGUGAUUGUGAAGAUGGGGUUUGCGUUUGUGAUACUGGAUUUACAGGUCCAGACUGCAGUAUUAGAACUUGUCUUAAUGAUUGCAAUGGCAAUGGCAGAUGUGAAGAUGGGGUUUGCUAUUGUGACAAUUGUGGGAUCAGGGUCUGCUCUGAAGAGUGUGAGAAACGUGGGCGAUGUGAGGACGGGGAAUGCAUUUGCAAUCCAGGGUUCACUGGGCCUGAAUAUUGUGGCUCUAGAACUUGUCCCAAAGACUGUAACAACCAAGGUCAGUGUGAAGAUGGCCAGUGUGGAUUGUGGAUCUAGAACUUGUCCUGACAACUGUCAUGCCCACGGACGCUGUGAAGAUGGUGUCUGUAUCUGUAACCCUGGAUAUACAGGACCUGAUUGUGGCUCCAAAGCUUGCCCCAGAAACUGUAACAAUAAUGGGCAGUGCGUGAAAGGUAAAUGUGUCUGCAAUCCUGGUUACAGUGGGCCAGUCUGUGGAACCAAGAGUUGUCCAGAAAACUGCAGUGGACAAGGAAAAUGUACAAAUGGCAUCUGCAUAUGUAAGAAGGGCUUCAGUGGUCCUGACUGCUCAUUGGAAGCUACAGAAGUGUUUACGAUCACAGGUCUUCGUGUGACCUUACAAGAAGAGACAGCAUUCACCUUGGAGUGGGACCAACCCCAAUCUGCCCCUGACUCUUAUGACAUCACUUUUAAAGCCAAGAAGGAAAAUGGAGUUAUAACCAAUACCAUUGAUGGCUUAUUGACCACAUAUCACCAAACCGGCCUUGCUCCUGGAGAAGAAUAUAUCAUCAACAUGCAACCACGGAAAGGCUCAACAGUAGGGCCCGAAACAUCUAUAACGGCCAAAACGAAGAUUGAGACUCCACAUGGUUUGCGUGUGGUUGAUGUCACCCAUUCUUCUCUACUCCUAAGAUGGGAAAAGCUUCAAUCUCUUCCCGAUCGGUACAUUGUGAUCCUUAUUCACCCCAAUGGGAAAGAAAGGAAAUUGAGGGUCCCUGGAAAAGGAGAUAGGAUCAAAGUAACCAACCUGGAUGACAACACCGAAUACAGAGUCCUUUUGAGAGCUGAGAAAGGACAGGAGCAGAGCCAAGAUGUUGAGAUCACCGGAACUACAGUUGGAGAAGAACGGAAACGUCUGACUGUCGAAGAAACCCACGUAGUGCACGGACCAGUUGAGAUCUCUCAUGAAUUUGAUACAUCUGUGAAUUUACAUCCUUCAAAACAGGGAAAUCAAUAUCGCCCUGAGUUGCCUAGAAAAGAGCUCCAACAUGCAAGAGAAGAAGAGGAAAGUAAAGAAAUACUUACAGAUAGCCAAAAAAACAUUAGUGUGCUACACACCCGAAAGAAUAUCAAAACUAUUAUCACAACUAUAUAUGAAACACACAGGAUUAAAGGAAGCUCAGUAGAUUCCUACCAUGAAUACGAGAAUUCAGAAUAUCCCUCUAAAAUGCCAGAAAAUGAGGGAAGCAUGAGAGAAGAGGAGGGUUUAGGACACGAAAAACCAUUGGACAAGAGAGGUAGCAAACCAGGUACCAAGAUGGAAAGGUGGAUAAUUACUAAAAACAUCACACAUUUUGUACCAUCAAAAACUGAAAUCCACACCCACUUCUAUGACGGAGAAUCAAAAGUGUCAGAAGAUAUACAGACAACCACUAGCCUUUAUACUAAAGGGCAUAUAAGAGGCGGUGGACGGUUGGCAGAUACAUCCAGUGUUGCCAAAAAGUUGUUGGAGUUUGAGUCCUUGCGCCCCAAACCUGUAGGAAAACCAACCACAGUACCAUAUUCUGGACGAAAGGAUGUGCUGGAUAUUUCAAAAAGUGAGCUUACCACAGAACCAUCAGCAGAGAGUCAUUUAGAGUCUGUAGAGAUUGAAUUUGAAGGAGAAGAAGGCAAAGAUGAUCUUACAGACCCAACAAAAUCUAGAAAGCAUUUUACAACUACAGUCAAGGUAAAUAAAAUUGUCAAUAUUUUGAGAAAAAAAAUUGCAGGUAGAGAGGAGAAUAAUGGAAUGCACAAUGAGACGGUCAGGGAAGGACAUGCACGUGAACUGCCACUUUCAACAAAACCUAGAAACCAAGGUAGAAAAUGGAGCCCACAAAUAAAGGCUGUAAUCGAGAACCUACCAGAAAAGUUAUCGUUGUAUAAUGGGACAUUUAUUCAGCGUUUAGAAAGCUACCUUCGAGCCACUUCAUACCCUCUUCGAGGUAACCAGACAGUUGAAUCUGUGGCCAAGGCAAUUUUUCUCUACUUGGUUAAAUGGAAACCUCAUAAUUUUACAGAUAUGGUAUAUGAUCGUCUUCCUCAAAAGACCCCAGGAGCCACUGGCAACUCUGAACCUGAAGGGGGAUCUCGAUUACAAGGCACUGUAGGGGACCCCAAGACUAGCAGUGAAACAACUGGUGAUUCACAGGUUGAAGAUGGUUUGGUCAGAAGACCAGAUUCCACUAGAACGGUAUCCACUGUUCCCAGUAUAGAGACUCUUGGAAGGGUUGAAGCAGCUGGGGACAUAAAUGUUCCAACCAUAGUAACAGUAGAUAAAUACAGACACAUCUCAGAAGAGACAGAUGAAAAUUUGAACGUCAUUGAUAGAACCCUUGGCUCAAAAGACAAAAUAAAAAGUGUAGUUGAAGUAGACUCAUCAAAAGCUUCCAAACCACCAACAGAUAGUACAGCACCACAAAAGAAAGCACCACCAUCAAAAAAGGGCACUACACCAAAGCCAAAAACAGAAGAUGUAAAGAGAAAACAAACAUUGAUUGAAAGGUCAGACUUACAAGCUGGAAAAAUUUCAUCAGGUUCCAGUGCUCGAGAAUAUGAAAUUUUGAGAAAAACUAUUUUGGAAAGCAGUAGCACCAAUGAACCUCCGGUUUUCCAUAAAAUUAAUACAGAAUUUAUAACAGAUCAAAUUGCAAAGGAAUAUCCACAUUCUCACAGCAAACAAUUACAAGAAAAAACGGGUGAUGGUCAUUCAAGUAACUCUAGAAAAAAAGACUCUUAUAAAACAACAAUACAUGAAGUAGUAAAGGAAGAAAAUGUGCACAGAGUGCUGGUAGGUGGGAUUAUACCAAACAGUCAGAUUCCGACCCAAGAAACAACACAUGCCAUUCACGAGACCUAUGAAACCGAAGACAAGUCUUUAGUGAUCAAUCAAAUUCUAGGGUCUGGAGGAGACCAGGGUAAAACUGGCCCCAUACAAAGCCCUAUUGUUCUAAAUGUCCCAAGCCCUGGAUCACAAGGAAGACCCAGCAUACAUCAGAAAAAUCCCACUAGCAUUGUGAUAUCAUUAGAAGGUCUUGGGUUCGUAUGGGACAAAGCAGUCAUCAUUUAUAGUCCAUGGCCACCAUCUGCUGAUGCAACUCCUUAUCAAAUUGUAGUGGAAAGAGGAGUCAAGCAGGUGGAAAUUGGAGAUCUAGUCCCAGGAACUAGCUACAGAAUUGAUCUCCAUGGGAUGCUGAGGGGCCGCUCAUCCAAGUCCUACUCACUGGUGGUUGACACAGCUCCAUUAACCACAACCACUACACCGCACAUUGAAGAGACCACUCGACCUUCGCAUACAACCACCUCAACCAAAGCCACAGUACGACCUCCUGGACCCAUUGCUCCAAUGGGUGGCCUGCAAGUUCAAGAUGUCACAAGUAACAGCGUUACGUUAAUAUGGAAGGCCAGGACUGGUAUCUUUGAGUCCUUCAUAAUCCGCUAUGAGGAUGUGACUGAUAGUUUGGGACUAAGAGAGAUUACUGUCCCAGGAGACCAAAGAGAGGUGACAUUACAGGACCUGAGUCAGAACACCAGAUAUGCAAUAACGCUGUACGGUGUGCGAGGAGGGAAGCUAUCACGCCCUCUAACGGAGGAAGUGACUACAGAAUCUUCUCCAGAUAGAGGAACACCACCCCGCCUUUCCCCCCUUUCUGUGUCUGAAAUCCGCACAGAUUCCUUCCGUGUGACGUGGGAACCUCUGGAUGGAGAUUUUGAUGCCUAUGUAAUACAGUAUGGACCACCUGGUGGACCGUUCCAAGAGGAGACCCUAAGAGGGGACGAGACGACAUUUCUCAUCACGGGGCUGGUUGCUGAGGUUAAUUACACGGUGGAGCUUCGGGGGGUUUUGGGAGACAGUUACAGCGAACCGGAGUCAACAUUCGUUUUCACAGAAAAGUCGAGCCCUCCUCGUCUGGAGUCUCUAUCCCUCUCUGACGUCCGCAGUGAUUCGGUCCAUCUUACCUGGGUGGUCUCAGGUGGAGAUUUUGACUCCCUUCUUCUAUUCUAUCGGGAUGGAGAAGGAAACCCUAGAGAAAUUGAUCUAGAAAGCGAUUCGAGAUCCUUUGAUGUGAAGGAACUAAAACCUGGAAAGAAGUAUAAAUUCUUAUUAUACGGUUUAACUGAUGGAAAGAAGAGUAAACCAGUGACAGCAGAAACCAGCACAGAGAAGGCCAUGCCUCCACGCCUGGAGUCCUUCUCAGCUUCUGACGUCCACAGUGUGUCAGUCCGUCUUUCUUGGGAAGUCACUGGUGGAGAAUUUGACACGUUUCUCCUUAUGUACCGCGAUGCCGAAGGAAAAAUGCAGGAAGUUACUCUUGAUGAGCACCAACUUUCUACAGAGGUUGAAAACUUGAAGCCUGGAAAGAGAUAUAAGUUUAUUCUCUAUGGGAUUUCAGGAGGAAAGAGAAGCAAAGCAUCCAUAGUUGAGACCACCACAGUGCCAAGAAAAGUUGCUCCGUCACCUGCUUCUCUCUUGUAUGCCCGCCUGGUCAAGCUUGUGGUAUCUGAUGUGACCCAAGAAACCAUAAAGUUAUCAUGGACAGUGGAAGGAAAUGUUCCUUUUGACUUCAUUAUAGUCCAAUGUCGUGAUCCUGAUGGUAGAAUUCGAGAAAUUGAGAUUUCAGGAGAACACACCAGCACUAUUGUCCAAGGUCUGCUUCCAGCUAGCAGAUAUGAAUGCAAUGCCUAUGGUCUAAGAGGGGAGAAGAGAAGCAUGCCCUUAUCCACAGAGGUUACGACAGCAAGAAUUCUUGAAACACAAGGUCCUCCUAUCGACAGUGACCUAUACCUAUCUCCACAUGGUCCACAUGGCAUUCACGUCUCUUGGGAGGCUCCAGAGGGUGAAUUUGAUUCCUUUAUUGUUCGAUAUGCUGUCCAAGGUCAAGAAGAGUCUUCCAAUACAGUGACAAUUGAGGGCACAGAAAGGACCAUCCUUUUGUCGGGUUUACAACCAGAUACCGUCUACACAGUUAAACUGCUCCGCAUCCUAAAUGGCAAAGAAGAUAGUAGUCUUCAAGCUACUGGAAAGACGGGGCCUCUAGAUUUGGAAGCUCCUAAGAAACUUAAAUUCACCAACAUUGAGGAGACCUCAGCCAUUGUUAGUUGGGACCCACCAAAUCCUGAAACAACCACAUUUAAAGUGUCCUAUCAACUGGCCGAUGGAGGAGAACCUGAGAGCAUUAGUGUCGCUGGAACCAGCACCCAAUUGAAACGUCUCAUCCCAGGAACCCAAUAUGAGGUCACCGUGGUGUCUGUGCGGGGAUUUGAGGAAAGUCAGCCCAUGACAGACUUCUUUACCACAGCUGGAGGUGGUCCUCGCUCUUUGCGGGCCCAUGAUGUCACAGAAGUGUCAGCUCUCCUGCGCUGGGAAGCUCCUACAGGACCUGUGGACAAAUAUUUGGUCACUUACAGAGCAGAAAAUAUCCCCUUGGUCACUGUACCAGUUUCUGGUGAUAGAACCGAGUUCCCUCUGACUGGUUUACAUCCUCACACUGAAUACUUUGUCAGUGUGCAAAGUUCGCAAGGAUCCAUGACCAGUGCACCAACGUCCACAUCAUUCAUUACUAGUGCAGACACUCCUCGGGAUCUCACAGCUACUCAGAUCACGGCUCGCAGUGCACUGCUUACAUGGAAAGCUCCAGAUGCCAUGCCUGAUGGGUAUCUGUUGACCUAUCAAACACCAGAGGGUGCAAUUAAGGAGAUUCGUCUGUUGCCUCAUCUUUCGUCCUUCACGAUAAGCCAACUCAAUCCUUUAACUCAGUAUCGAGUCCAGCUUAAAGCCCUAAGAGGUAGAACAAGCUCUCCUCCCAUCUCAACCUCUUUCACCACAGUUCGCAUAAGGUUCCCAUAUCCCCGGGACUGCUGGGAGCAGAGGAUGAAUGGAGAAGUUCAGAACGGUACUUCUACCAUAUAUCUAGGAGGAGACAAAGGAAAGACGUUGACAGUGUUUUGUGACAUGGAGACUGAUGGAGGAGGAUGGAUUGUCUUCCAGAGAAGGAUGGAUGGGAGCACAGACUUCUACCGGGAGUGGGAUGAUUAUAAGAAUGGGUUUGGUAACCUGACCUCUGAGUUUUGGCUGGGUAACAUUGCUCUACACCAGAUCUCCUCUUCAGGCUCCUAUGAGUUACGUGUGGAUCUCAGGUCUGGAGAAGAGGCUGCCUAUGCCCUGUAUGAUGAUUUCCGUGUGGAGGCUGAAAAAGAGAACUUCAGACUGAGGCUUGGACAAUACAGAGGAGAUGCAGGAGAUUCCAUGAGCUAUCACAACAAUAUGAUCUUCUCUACACGUGACCGAGACGCUGAGCGGAGAAUCCUUCCAUGUGCUAUGUCAUAUCGGGGAGCAUGGUGGUACAGAAACUGCCAUUUUGCCAAUCUCAACGGCUUAUAUAACAACAACAAAGACCACCAGGGUGUAAAUUGGAAAACGUGGAAAGGUUUUGAGUUCUCCAUUCCCUUCACCGAGAUGAAAAUGCGCCCUCGGGGAGUGGGCAACCGGCGCCGAUUUUAGAUCUACAACCUACUAUGGAACCACUAAACUGAAAACUGGAAGCAAUGUGACACCUCCUGCAACCUUAACAUACAGUCCAUCCUUCCAGGAUACUCAGACUUGGCAGAAACUCCAAACCUUUCAGAAUCGGACUGGCUUUAUCAUGCAACAAAGUAUAUGUAUUAUACUAUUAGAAUAAAAAAAUGGGGACAGUAAUUGCAGGAAGGAGACAUUGAAACAAAGUCAGAAAUGUACAGUAUAUAGGGAAUAUUAUGGGUUAAGUAAAGGUGCCCCACUACAGUGCCAAUUUUUGACACCAAAGAGUAGUGUAUAUUUUCACCUUUAUGAAACUUAGCCAAUAGCUAACAGUGCAGUUCCUCUGGAGAGGCAAGUCCUGCAUAAGUCUUGCCACCCCAUAGCAAAGGAUCACCAGGGCUGGGCCCCCUCUCUACAAGAGUCAUCAGGGCUGGGUGCUCUCUCUCUCAAAGGAUCUCCAGGGCUGGGUCCUCUCUGUCCAAGGGUCACCAGGGCUAUGCCCUCUCUCUCUCCAAGUGACCAAAGAUGGGUGCACUCUCUCCAAGGGUCACCAGGGCUGGGCACUCUCUCAUUAAGAGUCUCCAGGGCUGGGCCCUCUGUCUCCAAGGAUCACCAGGGCUGGGUGCACGCUCUCCAAGGGUCACCAGGGCUGGGCGCUCUCUCAUCAAGAGUCACCGGGGCUGGGCCCUCUGUCUCCAAGGAUCACAUGGUCUGCCUCUGAGUAGAAUGCACAAUGAAGAAUGAGUUAAUGAAUGGCAAAAAGAUGACCAUAGAGCAGUGGGAGUAAACUCAAGAUCUAAGAUAUAGAAUAAAACAAUAGUGAGCUAAAUUAUAGGAUAAUGUCACAUGCCAGAGGCCCAAGGCCAGCCUGCAUGGCACCAGAGACAUGAGCCACAGAGAUAUAGACUCGGGAAUCCACAAACACAGGCCACAGUUCACACACUACACCGCAGCCAGCACGCAGUCCCAAACAACCAGCAUACACAGGUGUCACCCUACAGCCAGUACGUGAGGGAGCCUGCAGCCAGCUUGCAUGGCACAGAGAAGCAGACAUGGGAAGAGCAAACAAUCACAGGCAGCAGUUCCACAAAACACCGCAGCCAGCACGUAGCCCGAAGCAACCAGCAUACACAGGAGACAGUCUGCAGCCAGUCCGCGAGAGGGCAUGCAGCCAGCCUACACGGCCAAAACUGUCACAGUGAACCGCACCGUGACAGAUAAAGUAUGUCAAAAAUCCAGAUAUUGUGGAUGUAUAUAGAUGUAAAUGCAAUUUUAGUAGUUCUAGAAGUAAAAGAAUGUAAAGAGGGGCUGCAACCCCGAGGAUGAAGUCUGUGGUAAGAGGAGCGUGUCACAGAGUCAAUAAGAAGAUGGUGGCAGGAGUAGGGCCGUGGUUCUACCCUAUCCCUGCCACCAAUCUAUAAAUAGAUAUAUAUAGCAAAAUGGAUAAACUGUCUAUUUUUAUAAAAGCACAGCCUUGAAGGGACAUUAUGGGAGGGAAGAGAUGAGAAAAGUCUGUUCUGCAAAGCGCUUCAAAUAAAACCUGAUGGGACAUGAUGAC